CAUCGACUGAGGUCAGAGAACCAGUAUACUCAGAUUCUUGUUGAAUCAGUUACCUGUGACUUGCGUGCAGUCGGGUUUAACCAGUGGGACCUGAUUCCACAAUCUCCACCCAGUUUGUACGAAUGCAGGGUGCUGGUGUGAGUUCUGUUCCCCUACCAAUGAUUUAAGUCUGAUACCUGCAACCUGCACAACACAGAGUCUGAAGAUGGCCUUUUUCAAGAAAAUUUUUAACAUAAUAACUGACCACAAGCCAAAAGACGACUCGGGCAAAGAUUCUUCCAAAGGAAGCGGCGCGCCUUACUACGGCACCGUCCGGCCUGAUCCGAACUUCAACGCCAGCAGAGAUGCUGCUGCUUUACAGAAAGCCAUUGAGACUAACGGUGUGGAUGAAAAUGCCAUUACAGAGAUACUGGCUAGACGGUCUAAUGCACAGAGACAGGAAAUCAAAGCCGCUUUUCAGCAAGAGACUGGAAAGGAUUUGGAGAAGACCUUGUCCUCAGUCCUGAAGUCCCAUUACAAAGACGCGGCCCUGGCCCUGCUGAUGACUCCCGCCCAGUACGAUGCCCAUGAGCUCAGACGUGCCAUGAAGGGCUUUGGAACCAAUGAAAAGGCGCUGAAUGAAAUUCUGGGGACGAGAUCAAACCAGGAAAUUAGCUUGUUUAAAACUGCCUAUAAAGAUGCUUACGGAAAGGAACUGGAGAAUGAUAUCCAAGGUGACACUAGAGGACAUUACGAGACGGCUCUGCUCGCCUUGUGCAAGGCUACCCGAAAUGAGGAUCGUGACAUUGAUGAUGGACUCGCAAAAAGUGAGGCCAAGUCUCUGUUUGAAGCUGGAGAAAAAAAACUUGGAGCAGUGACUUCUGUUUUCAUCCAUGUUCUUACCUCCAGAGGUGAUGCCCAGCUGUGCAAAAUUUUCAAGCAGUAUGAAAAGUUAAGCACAGAGGGGUUUGCUAAUGCUGUGAUUCAUGAACUACAUGGAGACACUGAGGAUUGCCUAAUGACCCUGGUGAAAGCAGCCUGGAACAAAUCCGCAUAUUUUGCAGAAAGGCUUCAUCUGGCCAUGAAGGGCUCGGGGGCCGACCAUGGCACACUGAUUCGGGUCAUAGUGAGUCGGUCUGAAGUGGACAUGCAGAAAAUUUUGCAGGAGUACAAAAGGAUGUACGGGACCACGCUUCAGCAAGACCUUCUCGCAGAAACCAAGGGGGAUUAUGCGAAACUUCUCCUGGUGCUCUGCGGAGACCAAACAGGAGCCUGAGCUUGUAAAUUUAAUAUAUUUUAAUGUAUAUGAAAUGCUUUAUAUCUGAAUAAUAAAAAAAUAAAAUGUGAUUACAUUCUAGCUUAAUAAAACUACCCUACUAAAAUUGU